UUAGGCAAAGUGUCAAAAGCAUGUUAGCGGUCGUAUGUUUUUGUGUGUUAUCUUCACACUAGAAUGUGGUUGAAUAAAAUAAAACAAAGUUAUUUUUCUAAAAGAUCUCAUAAAAACCAUCGACAGCAAAAAGGCAAACUGUGAUUAAAAAGCCGGUUCAUUUUCACGUAUUCCAAUGCAUUAGCUGAAAAUAAUUACAAUCGAUAUUCAAGGUUACGAAACAAAUGACGAAGUCAACUGAAGCAGUGGAAGAGAGCGUUUGCAUGCGAUUAUAAUCGAGUUUUAAAAAUACUAAAGCUAUAAAAAGUACAAAAAAUAGUGUAUAGAAGAUAGGGGUCAAGCUUGCAUUUUAACCAAAUCUUGCCAUUCUCUGAGAGUUUUAAUACCCGCCUCAACAAAUCAACAUGUCAUUGCUACGCAAAAUACAAUAUUUACAAAACAAUGUGAGAUUUCAAACAUUUAUAUGUACAACGCCACAAAUGUGCUUGGAUGAAAGGAUAUGUACUAUAAAUAGUAAGAAAAUGCAUAUAGGUGUUACUGGUCGAAAUCAUUUCACGAAAGUGCCUACACAACUCUUCGUCAAUACACCAUAUUGCAGUAAUUUUAACUGCAAAUUAGAAACACAAAGUUCAAGUUGUGCUCUAUACGCGACUACAAAGAGAUAUGCAAGUAAUGAAGGCAAAAACCAAUUGCCAAAGGUGUCCGUAUCUCAGGCGAUCUCCUCCAGCCAUGAGCCUGAAAGUAAUAUCACCAAAUCAUAUGAGUUAAAGAAAAACAUAAAGGAAGCUUUUUCACCAUAUUGCCGUUUAAUGCGUUUGGAUCGACCCAUAGGAACAUACUUGUUAUUCUGGCCCUGUGCAUGGAGUAUCGCGCUUAGCGCAAAUGCCGGUUGUUGGCCUGAUUGGAAAAUGUUAGGCCUUUUUGCAACAGGCGCAUUAAUAAUGCGCGGUGCCGGUUGUACCAUUAAUGACCUCUGGGACAAAGAUAUUGACGCAAAAGUGGAGCGUACACGCACUCGGCCAUUGGCUUCGGGUGAAGUGACACAAUUCGAUGCUAUUGUGUUUUUAUCGGCUCAAUUGAGUUUGGGUCUGUUAGUAUUACUACAACUAAACUGGCAAUCAAUAGUAUUAGGAGCAAGUUCAUUGGGCUUAGUCAUAACGUAUCCGCUAAUGAAACGAGUAACUUACUGGCCUCAACUAGUGCUUGGUAUGGCCUUUAAUUGGGGCGCGCUUUUAGGUUGGUGCGCAACUCAAGGCGUUGUCAAUUGGGAAGCUUGUUUACCAUUAUAUCUAUCUGGUAUUUGUUGGACAAUUGUAUAUGAUACUAUAUACGCGCAUCAAGACAAGUUCGACGACAUGCAAAUCGGCGUGAAGUCAACAGCUUUACGAUUUGGCGAGAACACUAAAAUAUGGCUAUCUGGAUUUACAGCAGCUAUGCUCUCAGGACUAACACUAGCUGGUGUGGCUACCGAUCAAACAGUUGCAUACUAUGCAGCAGUCGGUGUGGUGGGCGCCCAUUUAGUGCAACAGAUAUAUUCACUAAACAUUGAUAAUCCCACGGACUGUGCGAAAAAAUUCUUCUCGAAUCACCAAGUAGGAUUAAUUUUAUUCCUUGGUAUUGUUUUGGGGACACUUUUAAAACCAAAAGAGAAAACGGAUAACGGACCUAUAGCCAGUGGCAACAAUGCGUUCCCACAAAUGCAACCUGCAAGUAACCUCGUAAAUAUACCCGCUAAACCGGAGGUAUUAACGUAAAAGAUCGUUCACCGAUUUAUACAGUUAAAACAUCUAGCCUAUUGAUGAGUACAACUAUAAGUGGCUUUUCGAUAAACCAAAGGAUAACGUAAUUUAAAUUAAUUUAAAUAUAAUAGAUGCUCAAUAAAUAUGGAGUAGUAACAAUGAAAUUACAUUUUAA